AUGGGUAUCUGGGACGCUUUCACCGAUAUUGUCGAGGCUGUGACGCCAUGGAGCGUUGUUGAGGCCGAGGCUCCUGCUGAGGAGCCCCAGGAGGAGAACGAGUCCAAGACCGAGGAGUCCAAGGACGAGCCUGAGGAGGAGGAGGAGGAUGAGGAAGAGGAGGAAGAGGAGGAAGAGGACGAGGAGGAUGAGGAGGAACCUGUCGACCCCAAGGAGACCCUCGAGGAAGAGUGCAAGAACGCUCCCCAAUGUGCCCCCGCCAAGCACCACUUCGACGAGUGCGUUGAGCGUGUUCAGCAGCAGGAGAGCGAGGGUGGCGCCAAGGAGGACUGUGUCGAAGAGUUCUUCCACCUCGCCCACUGUGCGACCGCUUGCGCCGCUCCCAAGCUCUGGGCUCAGCUCAAGUAA